AUGUCGCGCCCCCUGAAGCCUAGAGAUAUAGCCUGCGCGCGCUGUUUCCGACACAAGCGAAAAUGUGACCAUGCGAAACCUUCAUGCGGCGAGUGUCGUCGCAAAGGCGCAGAAUGUUUACCUGCUCGGUCCCGUAAAGCGGGAGAUAACAUCACAAUUCCGCUGGAAUACUUGAGACAACUUGAGCAGCAGGUUGCCGAGUUGGAUCGUCGAUCUAGUGUAACAGAUUCGACAGUUGAAACCUGCGACGUCGGGGUCCAAACGGAUCUCGCGAAGGAAGAUGGCAAUGGGCUCGAUAUUGUACCGAACUACUUGAUGGCCGACCAGAAUAUCAGCAGCGGAGCAAAUAACGUGGAUUCUCUCAUGCCACUACUGCCUGAACUGCAACAGGCUGUUCAAGGCCCUCCGUGCACUCCUCCAUCUUUUUCUUCAGACGAAUUUUCUCUAUUUCCUGAAGCGACGUUUGAAUUUCCAUGGAUGGAGAUGUCGCCCUCAAUCUCCCUUACGGGUGAUGAUUCUCCUUGGCUGAAAGAUCUCUACACCAACGUAUACUUCGCCGUCACUCACCGUGAAUGGCCCUUUUUAAAUGAAGCAGCGUGGAAAUCAUGGCACGCUGAUGCGAUCCUGGACGGCCAGGAGGAAUGGAAAGCUUUCUUCCUGCAUAUGGUAUAUGCUAUUGGCGCAUCCCUUUGCAAUAACAUCCAGCGAGACCCCUCGCACCUAGUCCGCGCAAAAGAAUUCUAUGCCUCGGCCAUGAGAUACUACCCUCAUAUCGUGGUGCAUCCGUCUAUGGUGCUGCAAAUUCAAGCCUCGCUAUUCAUGAUACUCUACGCUAUGCAUUCUCCCUCCUCUGAGGAGAUAACCACGAGCGUCUCUUCUGUGGUACCCUUUUUGCACAGCCUCGAUGACAGAAAUGCGCAAACAUGUCUCAAUACGCGACGACAAUGGCUUGAUGACCGAAUUAUCGUCUCUGGCUGGGACAGGCCUGCAUCAGAUGUGUACAGGGUUAUUGACGAUGAUUUGUGUACAUUGGGAGACUCCCUCCAACCCACCCGCAGCACAAACCCUGCUAUAAGUCAUCUAUUUCGAUUACGCAAGAUCCAAGCCAGCAUCAGAAGAUCGCGGGAGAGCCGGUCCCGCAAUGCACUGAACAGAGACGGCAAAAGCUACAGCUCCUCUUUCAAGUCCGCUCUCGAUAGAUGGCGACAAGAGAUUCCACACUAUGAGUCAGAUAAUGCCCAAUACGGCUACCUACAUCCGAUAUGGAUGCGAAAGCUGUAUGUAUACAGCCUCUUGAUUCUGAUCGAAGAGAAGCGGGACUUCAUCGAGAUGGAGGGAACAGAGGAAAUCCUUGCGACGAUCGCGGAAGCAUGCCACAAUUUCCGGCGUUUGCAGGAAGAUGGACAUGUAAUGUGCUACACAUGGUCUGCACUUGUUUUCCAAUUCCGAGCAGGCAUCAUGAUGCUCUACAUUGUCUGGGCUACAAUGGCUAUGACUGAUAUUCAGGGUCAAGAACGGAUCAGACAAAACUCCCAACAGGGCAUUGCUACUUGUGUCGCGAAUAUGGCGGGCUUCGUUGAUCGGUGGAAGGAUGCGACGCCGUAUAUGAAUGUGCUUGAGUUCAUUCGGCAGAAGAUUAUGAGGGAUUUUGGCUCAUUCGAGGAGAUACCUAGUGUGCCUAUAUCUCUGGGAGAGGCUGAGUUGCAAUUGGCGCAAUUGAAGAAGAAUUAUUUGCAUCGAGCUGUUUUGGGGAUGAUUGAGGAUAUGUUGUAUGUGGGGUGUACACAGCAGGACUCUUUGGGGGAUGAUCCAAAGGUGAUGAGAUAA